AUUUUCGGUCCUGCGACUUCCGAACGGCCCAGCGGGGAGGAGCGGCGUUCGUCUGGGGCUGGCCUGAGGAAACACUCCGGGACCCAGUGCCUCUCCUCCUGCUCCUGCCCGACCCUCACGGAGCCAGCGGCCAGGAUGCAGACAUCAGAACGUGAGGGGUGUGGGCCGGAGGUGAGCCCCAGCGUGAUGCCCGAGGCUCCCUUGGAGUCUCCACCUUUUCCUACCAAGUCCCCAGCAUUUGAUCUUUUCAACUUGGUUCUCUCCUACAAGAGGCUGGAGAUCUACCUGGAACCCCUGAAGGAUGCAGGCCUCCUCUUCUGGCUUGAUGUCCCAUCUGUGCUGCCUGGUCUCCCCUCCCUGGCUGGAGGAGUGGCUCUCUGUAGUGAUCAGGACUCUCUGUGUUGUAGGUGGCAGAUGCCUUUGUGUUCCUUGCUGACCUGCCUGGGCCUCAACAUCUUGUUCCUCACUUUGAAUGAGGGUGCAUGGUACUCAGUAGGUGCCCUGAUGAUUUCAAUGCCCGCCCUGCUGGGCUACCUUCAGGAGGUUUGCCGGGCACGGCUGCCCGAGUCCGAGCUGAUGCGGAGGAAGUAUCAUAGCGUGAGGCAGGAGGACCUGCAGAGAGUGCGCCUAUCUCGCCCCGAAGCUGUGGCUGAGGUGAAGAGCUUCUUGAUCCAGCUGGAGGCCUUCCUGAGCCGCCUGUGCUGCACCUGUGAAGCCGCCUACCGCGUGCUGCACUGGGAGAACCCCGUCGUGUCCUCACAGUUCUAUGGGGCUCUUCUGGGCAUGGUCUGCAUGCUGUAUCUGCUGCCGCUCUGCUGGGUCCUCACCCUUUUAAACAGCACGCUCUUUCUGGGGAAUGUGGAGUUCUUCCGAGUUGUGUCUGAGUAUAGGGCAUCUCUGCAGCGGCGGAUGAACCCCAAGCAGGAAGAGCAUGCCUUUGAGAGCCCUCCACCACCAGAUUUUGGGGGGAAGGGUGGUCUGAUGGACAGCACGCCUGCCCUCACACCCACGGAGAGUCUUUCUUCCCAGGACCUCACACCGGGCAGCGUGGAGGAAGCCGAGGAGGCUGAGCCAGAUGAAGAGUUUAAAGAUGCAAUUGAGGCAGCUUCUUUCUUCUUGCUAUCUUUUUUUCUCUGUUUUCUCUCCUCUUCCCCGCACCUUGGGAGGCAGGAGACCCACUUGGUGGUGCUGGAGGAUGAUGAGGGCGCCCCGUGCCCAGCAGAGGAUGAGCUGGCCCUGCAGGACAACGGGUUCAUGAGCAAGAAUGAGGUGCUGCGCAGCAAGGUGUCUCGGCUCACGGAGCGGCUCCGCAAGCGCUACCCCACCAACAACUUCGGGAACUGUACGGGCUGCUCAGCUACCUUCUCAGUGCUGAAGAAGAGGCGAAGCUGCAGUAAUUGUGGAAACAGCUUCUGCUCUCGAUGCUGCUCCUUCAAAGUGCCCAAGUCCUCCAUGGGGGCCACAGCCCCUGAAGCCCAGAGGGAGACUGUGUUUGUGUGCGCUUCCUGUAACCAGACGUUGAGCAAGUGAGAAGAGAAGCCAGGGUCCAAUCAGGCACCCUCCCUUGGGGCCAGCAGUAGGCUCCCUACUCCCCACCCCAGCCCCCUGUGUUUUAUGCUGGGCAAAUGUGGUCUGAAUGCUAGGUAGGCUUCCCCUUCCUUCCUUGUUCUCUCCAGCUGGCUUCUGGAGUUGUUCCCCACCCCUGAGAGUGGCUGGCAAUGGCUGCUCUCAAUCCCUUGGGGAGAGGAACCCCUGGAGUGCCUGGCAUGUUUGCCCCGCUCUGCCUGGGACUGAGUGGACCGACUCAGGGCUGGGCAGGCAGUAGCCACUAGAGGGCAGCAGUGAGCUAGGCCAGGUCUGAGUGGAGUCUGAUGAACAGGGUUAGUGUGGCCAUGCCUGAGAAUUCCAGACCUGAGGUUGGGAAAAGAGGUUCUUCUCCUGCAGGGUACUGGGUCAGGCCCUCAGCCUCAGAGAGCCUGCAGAAGUGCUUGGGAGUGCCACACCCCAACUCUGCUGAUUAAUGUCCCUUCAGGCACCAGGAUCUGAUUAUUUCCCCAUCAGAGGGUGUGGUCAGGGCUAACAAGACUGAGGGUGCAUCUAGAAACAGAGUUGAAGUUCCCAGUUUCCCCCAGAGAAGAAUGUGUAUAGGAGCGUUGGCUGAGUCCUUCAGCGUUUAGUGGAAGAAAGCAUGGGGAGGCUGCAGCAGCUGGAUGGACCACAGCCUCCCCUCGGAAGACGCCUCGAUUCACAGAAUCUCAGCCCACACAAUGCCCUAGUGUCCCCAGCUCCACUGAAGCAGCUGCAGGGCACUUGGUUCACCUCUUCUGCUCCCUCUGCCCAGAGUCUGGGGCAGCCCUCCACUGGCCCAGCACUCUAUCUUCCUUUCCCUGCCCCUUGCCCCAUGGAGUGUGAGGUCAGGUGAGUGGAGCUGAGGUCCUGAAGUCGUUUGCCCCCCAGGGACCUGGGAAGUGUAGAAUCUCGCUGGGCUGGGCCCUGGAUCCCGGGGCUGUUCCCUGGAGGACAGUCUCAGUUAGGGAUUAGGCCCCUUGGGGUCUCCAUUUUCUUUCCAACAAUUUCAUGUUCACUGCUGGACUCUUACGGGCUCAGUGUCUCUCCCUUAGCCAUGAGCUGGCUCAGGCAUCCCUUCCCUUCCCUGGAGCUGCCCUGCCUUUCUGAAAUAUUUAUUUAUUUAUUGCAUGGUUCCUGGGAACAUGUAGCACAAGGAAUGGGAGGAGGAGGACUGUGGUGGGGGUGUCUCUCCUACCUAGGACUCUUCCCUGAAGUCCUGGGCUGCCUCGAACCCAGGACCCAUGGGUGGCUGAGAGGUUUCUACACUCGAGGAGCGGGGUCCAAAGAGGCAGGUUGGGGAGACAAGGGACCCAUCCUAGGCCUGCUUUCUUGCCAGUCCAAGCAGUUUAGCUGGGGCUCUGCAGUCAGGGGCCUGCCCAAGCCAGUGGACGUGUCAGAGUCCUGGGGAGCCAGUCAGGCCUUGUUAUUGCCUCUGUGUCCUGUUAAGAGAUGAGAGUUCAGUACCCUUUACUGAACUUUGCUUUCUUUACACUGGAGAGGAACUAAAAGGAUCUUUGUGUCUAUGGAGAAUUGUCAUUAAAAAGGCCUCAAGCUUCUUAA